AUGAGCAAAGCUAAGAACAAACCAGAAAAAGAAAAGACAGAAAAGGCCCUGGCCGCGGAAAAGGAGCAAUUCAACAAGCAACAGCUCCAGAGCAUCACUAAAAUAGUCACUUCUGCUGAAGUUUCACCAAAAGAGAAAUAUGUGCGCAACAUCAUUUUGGGGACUCAUAAGGAAUCAGGAGCAACAACCUUCUGGUCCUACACGUCCAACUUACCUUUGUCGAGUAACUCUCUGGUCAGCUGGAAGUUCUGCUAUCUUCUGCACAAGGUGCUCAGGGACGGACACAGAAAUAGUGUAGUGGACUCCGGCAGACAUACCAGAGAAGUGAAAGACAUGGGUGCGCUUUGGGGAAACUUACACGAUCGAUACGGACAUAUUGUGGCUUUAUAUGCCAAAUUUCUAUUCCUCAAAAUGGAAUUUCAUACUAAGUACAAAAUGAUUCCAGGAAACUUGGAGGCCAGUGAUGAAACGUUGGAGAGGCAAUCAGGAAGUGACAUGACCAAAGUAUUAGAUAUGACCAAUGAUCUGUUGGAGUACCUUGACGCUGCUCUUAAAAUGGAAGAUACAGUCCUGCGUCAGUUUGAUGCAAAUGGAGCCAAAUCCACAACUGCUUCUGGUCAGUGUCGGCUGACUCCUUUGAUCCCACUUAUCCUGGACUGCAGCUUUCUGUACCAUUUCUCAGUUUUGUUGAUGUUCAAACUUCACAGCCGCAUUGCUCCUGAUAUUCUUCUGGGGCAUAGAGAGCGAUUCCGUGAUAUGUUCAUGAGCUUGAAACAGUUUUUCAACCGAGCAAGAGAGACAGAGUUCUUUAAAACUUUUAUUCAAAUUCCAGACCUUCCUGAUGAGCCCCCAAACUUCCUCCGCGCAGCUGCUCUGGGAGAAUAUAAGAAACCAGUGGUGCUCACACCUGGAGAAGAGCACCCAGAGGAGGAGGAAGAGGAGCAGCGGCAGCCGGAGUACAAGGAGAUGCCACAAUACUUUUUACUAAGCCAAAUGGGAAUGCCUGAAGCCCCAGUGGAGCCCAAAGACUCUCAUAAUGACAUGACUAGAGAAGCCAUCAAACCCAUCAAACCCAUCAAACCAGAGAUACAGCACUUCAAUUCUGAGGCCCAAAGGUGUGUAGUGGAAUUAAAGACGCAAGUAAAUCAUCUGGCAUCUGAGCUGGAAGAGCAGCGAGCACACAAACAGAUGGCUAUGAUGGAAAAUGAACACCUGCGGAUGGAAGUGGAAGCUUUACGAAGUACUAAUGUGGCCAAUGUCGGAGCACAGAUUGGAUUUAAAGAGGCUGACAGUAGAGCGCAUAAUGCAGAGCUCAGAUUUACACAACUUAAGGAGAGACAUGCUGAGCUCGUGACCAGUCACGCUGAUCUCUUGAAGAAGAAUUCCGAAAUGGUUAAAGUAUUGUCUUUUACAAAACAAGACUACGAUGAUAUUACAAAUGCAAAAAAACUACUAGAAAAUGAAGUUGAAAAUUUGCGCCUGGAAAAGGGAACAAUGAUGAGUACACAACAAGCACAAGUUGACAAUCUCAAUAGAGAAUUAAUGGAACAAAGGGCAGAAAUGGCUCUUCUACGAAGCACUCUGGAUAAUAAAGAAAAGGAGGGCUCUCUGGUGAGCACUAGUUUGGCAGCUCUUCAGGCAGAGCGUGAUGUCUUAUUACGUUCAGUGAGAGAGAAUGAAUCUGAAGUUUCCUCCUUGAAACAAGAAUUACAACGACAGCAGAGCACAGUCGACCUGGAGAGGGACCGACUCCUCAGAGAGAUCGAGUCCCUGAAAGCCCAGCUCCAGCAACAGCUUGCCAUUAAUGCUCAGCAGAAAUUGGAGAUUGACAGACUGAAACAAGAACUGGACUCCACACGUGCACAGCUUUCACAAGCAAAUUCUGCUCUGCAAAGCAAAGAAAUGUUUGGUACCCAAUUGAAUGGUACUUUAUCUGGUCUGCAAGCUGAAAAGGAAACACUGCUUCGCUCCGUGAGAGAGCAAGAAGCAGAGUUGGCAUCAUUAAGACAACAGGCACAACUCCAUCAUGGUACGAUGCAACAAGAAAGACAGCGGAGUAUGGUGGAAGUGAGCAGCCUCCAGGCCCAGAUACAGCAGCAGGCCUGUCGCGAAGGUGAACUCACUCAGAAAUUGCAAGACGAGCAGUUUUGUUUGCUACAAUGUGCCGUGGUGGAGGCUGAAGGCAUCAUAUUGGACGCAUUGGCCAAAGUGGACGACCCCAUACAUCUGCGCUGCAUCAGCUCUCCUGAUUACUUGAUAAACCGAGCUCAGACCACUCUGGGUUCCAUUGACAAAAUGCAGCAGAGCCAUAUUGUUUAUCUGGGAAACAGAAAUGAUGCGAGCGGUCUCUUGAGAGCCGUAACACAAUUUUCUCAUCUUGCGGCAGACACCAUUGUUAAUGGAGCAGCGACAUCUCAUUCUGCUCCUACUGACCACGCUGACUACCUCACCUCGAGCUGCCGGGAAUGUGCCACUCACUGCCUUAACUUUCUGAAGGACAUGAAAAAUCAAUCUACUUUGCAGAGGGCAGAUUCUGCAUCAAUACGCUACACCGUGCAGCGACUUAUAGACAUAGGAAAUGAUUUACGUCCAAAAGGGCAGGAUGUCUUACAGGGAGAACUGGGAAACAUGGUGGAUAAAGAAAUGCUUGCGACAUCGACUGCCAUUGAAGAGGCUGUGUUACGAAUGGAUGAAAUCCUUAAUCAAGCCAAGAAAGAGACAACUGGUGUUAAGCUGGAGGUCAAUCAGAGUAUUAUUGGAUCUUGUUCAGACCUAAUGAGGGCUGUUCAUAUGCUUGUAACUGCAUCUACAGAUUUACAGAAAGAUAUUGUGGAAGGGGGCAGAGGCGCCGCGUCUGUUACAGAUUUUUAUGCCAGAAACUCUCGCUGGACUGAAGGCCUGAUUUCUGCCUCCAAAGCUGUGGGCUGGGGAGCCACUCAGCUGCUAGAGUCAGCAGACAGAGUUGUCGGAGAGAAUGGCACCUACGAGGAGCUGAUUGCUUCUUCCCAUGAAAUUGCCGGAAGCACGGCACAGUUAGUUGCUGCUUCAAAGGUGAAAGCUGAUCGAAACAACAAGAAACUCCACACUCUUCAGCAAGCAUCACGGCAUGUUAAUGACAUGGCUGCUGUUGUGGUCACCUCUACCAAACACGGCCAAAGACAGAUCAGUGACAAAGGUGUGAUGGACUUUUCGGGAAUGUCUUUGAUUAAACUGAAGAGAGAAGAAAUGGAGGCUCAGGUCAAGGUGCUGCAGCUCGAGAAUGAGUUGGAGCAGGAGCGCGUGCGUUUGGGGGAGCUGAGGAAAAGACACUACAAUCUCGGAGUGAGUUCAGAGGAGGAGGGCUUCCCACCACCGCCCCCUCCGACUUUACUGGACCCUGCGCCUCAGCCCCAUCUCAACACCGCCAGCUCUGCACCAACCAAUCCUUUCACAGUGACGGCACCUACUCCGACAACGUUUUUGUCGCAGCCCUACACACCCACACAAACUCCCUCCACUGCGUACAAUCAGGCCCAGAGUUUCAAUCCUUCUCCUUCUCCGGCCUUCACCUCGUCUCAGCCCUAUGUCCCGUCUCCGGCUUUCACCCCAGCGCAGCCAUUUGUACCGUCUCAGCCCUACGUCCCGUCUCAGCCCUAUGUCCCGUCUCAGUCAUAUGUCCCGUCUCAGUCAUAUGUCCCACCUUCGCCGCAGGUGCCGUCUCAACACUACACUCCAGAUCAAUUGUACACACCCUCUCAGAUGUACACUCCAGCUCCAGCUCCAAAACCCCAAACCCAACCAUUGUCAUCACAGAAUGCGGUACAGAGCGGCAGGGACAGCGCCAGACAUAGAAAACCAAAUAUCUUCACCAAAUCUGGGAACUUGCUGAAAAAUGCUUUCAAAAAAGGUGAACCUGGAACUGGAGAAGCAUCAGGCAAUCACUCUUAA